AUGGCUGUCUACCAUGAACGUGGAUUCGAUGCUCACUUUGUUGAACCUCUCAAUGAUCGAUACACAUGCUCCAUCUGCCACUUGGCAGCACGCGAACCAAUGCUGACCAAGUGUGGUCACCAAUUUUGCCAGGGGUGCUUGAGGCCCCUCAUUAGGGAUGGUAAUGUGACGUGUUCUAUGUGCAGGGAGGAGCUGAAGAAAUCAGAAAUGUUUCUAAACAACAUGACGAAACGCGAGAUUCUUAGUUUGAAGAUUUUCUGUGAUAAGUGUUGGGAAGGCUGUAGCUGGCAAGGUGAACUGAGACAGCGUGAUGAACACAACCAGGAAUGUGGCUAUCUAGUUGUAGCGUGCAGCAAUGAUUGUGGAGAAAUGAUAAUAAGAAUGGACAUGGACUAUCACAAGCAGAAUGAGUGUAAUCGCCGAAUUGUGGGUUGUUGUUACUGUGACGCACAACUGGAAUAUGGACAGUUAACUGUUCACUAUGAGAUGUGUGAUAGUUACCCUGUUGACUGUCCUAAUGAGUGUGGAAUACAAGUUGCUAGGAAGGAUGUGGAAGUGCACACCAGCAGAGAGGGUGUAUGCCCCACCAGUCCUCUACAGUGUGAUUUUGUAUCAGCUGGAUGCCAGUUCAUCGGGAAUAGAGAGCAACUACAAGAUCACCUGAACAAAAACAUAGUCUAUCAUCUUAGUUUGGCUAUGCAAACAGUGAGCAAUGUACAGUGUGUACAAGAGAGAUUGGCAAGUGCUGAAAAGAAACAAGCAGAAACAGACAAUGAGUUAGCUGCUGUUAAGAAAACACUGCAACAUACAGAAAGUGAGUUAGUGGUUGUUAAGAAAACACUGCAACAUACAGAAAGUGAGUUAGUGGUUGUUAAGAAAACAUUGCGAAAAACAGAAAGUGAUUUAGUGGCUGUUAAGAAAACACUGCAAAUGACAGACAAUGAGUCGGUGGAUGUUAACAGAACACUGCAACAGACAGAAAGUUCAGUUUUGGCUGCCGGCUAUAAGACCUUCAGCAAAUUUUUAGAUGGCGAGUGCUUAACUAGAGAUCAGAGCCAGUCAGUGGGGUAUGUGAAAGCUUUAGUGGACAAACGGAUACAAAUUUCAUGUGAAAUGGGCGAAACUUUUGUACACCUGUGGAAGAUAGAGUCACACCAGUUAGCACACUUGAAAUGGAGCAAAUCACGUCCGUACACAAUUUUAUCUAACAAAUUCAACACCGGAAAUCAAGGUUUACAUUUACAGCUUGAACUUUCUUGUCAAAGAACAUCAUCGCCUUGUGGUAGUUCAUACACAUUUGAAGCAAAGGUGAACUGUUGUGGUCAACAACAUAACAAGAAAUUGCACAAGUCAAAGUAUUUGAUGUCAAUUUUGCUGCAUAAUAAUCAUUAUUACAGGUCAAGAGUCCAGAAAGAGAUUGACUUUAGUCUCCCGACUACUCGUGGGCAGUUUCAUGACUUAGAAAAAGAUUUUUUGUUUGUGGUUUGUCCGAAAUUUGAACAACGUUCUUACCGGAUGGAAGAUGGGUUGUUGGUUGUCUUUGAGUUGCAAUCAAAACUCUAA